AUGAGCUGGCUCUCACACAGAAAGAGCAGGGUUACCGUCUGGGCUGCACCGUCAGAGAAGCGGUGAUACAGCCUCCUCAGCUUCACUGCACAUCGCUCGGGGGUCGGGGAUCCGCUUCCUCACCUCCUUCUUCUUCCUCUGCCUCCUCACUGUUUAUCUCCAUUUAUUCUGACUGCAUGUUCAGCCACACCGCCUCCCUCUGCAUCUUCAUUUCGGCCCCGCCGCAGCUCCGCCGAGCAUGGACAGCCGGGUUCUCGAGCAUCCUCACGCCCAGUUCGGCGGCACCUUGGGCGGGCUGGUGGGCUUCCCCUACUCGCUCGGUUCCCACCAUCACAACCACCACCACCACCAGCACGUCUACGAGCUCACGAGCGGACACCAGCUGCAGUCCGCGGCCGCCGUACCUUUCUCUAUCGAGGGAUUAUUAAACAGCUCCUGCUCGGCCUCUGUGGUCACCUCCAGCCCCUUACUCUCAUCCGACAGCCAGCAGUUCAAACUAUCAGAUUCUGGAGAACUGGAUAAGGACAGUCCCGGCUGCAAAAGGAGGAGAACCAGGACGAAUUUCACCGGCUGGCAGCUGGAAGAGCUGGAGAAGGCUUUCAACGAGAGUCACUAUCCGGAUGUGUUCAUGCGGGAGGCGCUGGCGCUCAGGCUUGACCUCGUCGAGUCCAGGGUUCAGGUGUGGUUUCAAAACAGACGAGCUAAAUGGAGGAAAAAGGAGAACACGAAGAAGGGCCCCGGGCGGCCCGCUCACAACUCCCACCCAACCACCUGCAGUGGCGAGCCCAUGGACCCUGAGGAGAUUGCGCGGAGGGAGCGCGAGCGGGCCGAGAAAAAGAAACGGAAACAAGAGAGGAAGCUACUGAAGUCACAGAACAAGCUCCUUACAGGCGAGAGCUUCCACACACCUGGUGGUUCCGAGAGCGACAGCGGGGUGUCGCAGUUCACUGACAGUGAACAGCAGCCGUCCUCGAACCUCAACGAGAGCAUUCACAUGGAACUGCCAGCGUCGAGGGGUGCAGGAGGUCACCAAACCGAGUCCAGCUGCGACCAAACGAGACACGACUUCGGUCAGCUGCAAAACCAGCCAAACCAAAGAACCGCAGGGGAACCAGAGCAGGUUUCUCCAGGCAGCACGCACAGCUCCAGUCCUGGAGGUCAGAGGUCAUCCACCAUACAGAAACGAAACCCUUUCAGUGUGGAGAGCCUCCUCUCUGACACCAUGCCACGGCGAAAAUCCCAACUGGACUUUCCAUCAUCGCCCAGUCAGAGGACACUGGUGGGUAAGGGGCACUUCUUGCUUUAUCCCAUCACCCAUCAGCCUUUGGGCUUUUUAGUGCCGCAAACCGCCCUGAAGGCUGCUCCGUGUCAGGAGAACCCUGACAGACUCACCCUGGGACAAAGGUGCAUGCCAAGUGAAGGGAGCCCAGCUCCUUCUGACCUCUCCGCCUUUGGUAGCACCACCAACAAUUUGAACUCGAACUAUACGGAGCUUAUGCACCACAAUCACAUUAGCACCAGAGUGGAGGCGGGUGAUACGAGGGACUGUGUCGGUGAGUGCAAAAAGCCAGCUUUCCCUGUUUCUCCCACAUCCAACAACGCUGAUCAGACCGUUCUGGUCAGCGAGGAUGGAGGCCCGAAAGCUCAAACAGAGCCUGAGGCUGCCGAGCCGUGUUCAAAAGAAACGGGCACAAGAGAGGAGCGAGGUUCUCCAGACCUCUUCGAGGCAAACACAGACUGUCGAGAAACACCAGGAACAGAUGGAGAGGAUGUCGAUAUGGACUAACACUUUCAAGGAGCAAACACAAACAAAGGACCAGGGACAAAGCUUCAACUAGUUCAAACAUUCCCAAAGCUCUGCCGAGACACUCUGAAACAUAUCAGGAAUCAGGAGACUUGAUCUUUGUCUAUUUUUUAAUCAGACGGUGUGACGACUCCAGCCUUUGAGCCCCCUUUUAAAGCAGGUUUCUCUCUUCUUUUUCUUCUUUCUUUUGUUUUUGUGAACAGCUUGUAAGAAAAACUAGGCUUCAAUAAAACAUACACAACAAAAAUCCUCAGAUAUUGUAAAAAAUGAGAAAAUGAUAUUUAUAUGUAAACAUUUUGAUAAAUAAAGUUAUUGUUUUAAUUGAA